AUGUCAAAAAGACCUCAAAUUCAUAUUUUUAUGGGAGCACCCAGUAUUUCAGCCAGUAUUCCGAGCCCGCCGGAGGUGUCAGAGCAAAGUGGUUCAGCACCUGCUGCUGAGAAAUGGAGAGAACUCCACUAUUUGUGGGAUACACGUGGUCUUUCUUCUGAAAAAGUCGAAGGUGCUGACCACUUCGUGUUUCAGGCAGAUAGCUCUGUAGUCACAGCAGCUCCUGCAAAUGAUGGCAGCUCUCAGCAGUCUGAAGAAUUUUUGACAUCUCUUGUACCUCUGGCAGUAGAUUGUACCAGCACACCUAAAAAGACUGAAAGUUUAACUUGUUCUGAUUGUCAAAUAGCUAAAGGUAGAAGCACACAUGCAAAUGUAAAUCAGGCUGCAGAUGAACACCUUCUGCAAAACUCUGCAGAAUCAGCUAGACAAGAUAAACAAUCCCAUCGCUGCUGUUCAAACCACACUGAAGGAAAAGCCAGUCAUUUAGAAGCUACCAGCCCUGACACUUGUGAUUGGGUUGCCAGUCAAUACCUGGAUAUGAUUUUUCCCCAAAAUCAAGAAUCAAAACCUAAAGGAGAGCCAAGUGAUUGUUCUGACUUCACAGUGUCAGCAGAUACUGAGUUUUGUAGUAUAAUGACUGCAAGUCAGAUGGCUGUUUUUGCACAUGAUCAGGAUGAAAUGCAGAAAAGAAUCAUAAAACCGUUGGAAACAGAAGCAGGCCAAAAACCUGAAGAAAGGCAGUGUGAUCACUUCCAAUUUGAUUCUGGUGUUGGGACACAUCUUAAUGUGGCUGAAAAUGAAUAUAAGGAAGAGUAUACAAGCUCCCCUGAACUUUUCAGUUCUGAGGGAGAUGGGAAAAAUGCUUUAUUUGAAUCUACAAAACAAGGAAGUGCUCAGGAAAGUACAGAGAAGUCUCAAGAACAAUUUGUAAAUGAAAUCCAUAUUGAACCGCUGAGCUCAGGAAUAUUAUGCUCUCAAGUAGGCAGUUCUUAUAAGAGCUCUUCUAAAAGACCCCACAUGUCUGAAGAUUCCUUUCAUGAUUGUCACCCAGUGUUUAAAAAGAAAUCAAAGAGAACUAAGCUGACUUAUUCUCCAGAUGAUCCUGGGGUGAGAGCAGAUCAAGAGAAGAUGGCAAAGUUCAAGAAAAUUCAAAAGAAGCUGUCACCACUCAAGAAUUGCUGCUGCAAAAACCAAAAGUACAAUGUUUUGGUCACAAUAGUACAUCCUUGUCAUAUCAAAGAAAUACAGGUGAAGACUAGACCAAAAUCUUCAUGUAAAAUUCCUGUAGCAACGAUUGUAGUUACUGACCAGUCAGCAGUUGAAAGAAAGGUGGUGCUCUGGCGUGGUGCUGCAUUUUGGUCACUCACUGUGUUUCCUGGGGAUGUUGUACUGCUUACAGAUAUUAUAAUGUCUGAGAAUCUCUGGUGUGGAGAAAUCACGCUGCAAUCUACAUUUACCAGUCAGUUACUGAAUCUGGGAAACUGCUCAGCUCUCAAUCCAGAGGAAUUUUAUCCUAUAGUGGAUGGUAGUGUUCUUCAUGGCUUAUUGGCGUACAUAUCUUCAGAAUUUCCACACUUCGGAGACAUUCCACGAAGACAAGUUCAGAGACUGGAUGAUGUUCAGUAUGUGCCGCUAGACCAGCUCCAGCCAAAUACAUUGGUUCACGCAGUCUUGAAAAUUAUCAGCAUUGCUGUAUUAACAGAAUCUGUGUAUAGCUACAAAGGUGGCAGCCAAAGAAAAAUCAUUUUAACAGUAGAACAGAAGAGAGAUCAACACUAUAGGAUGGUGCUGUGGGGAGCAGGGGCUGCCUGGUGCCCUCAACUUCAAAGGAAAAAAGAUCACAUAUGGGACUUUAAAUACCUUCUGGUCCAACAUAGUUCUGUCUCGGGUGACUUUGAACUGCACACAACUCCAUGGUCAUCCUAUGAGUGCUUGUUUGAUGAUGACAAAAGGGCAGUUGAAUUUCAAGAAAAGUUUCAGAAAAGCAAAACACCCCUCAUACAGAUGACAAAGCUUUCAGCACAUUUGGAGGACAAAUGCUCAGGACGGGUUCAAGUGAAAGCCCAUAUCUUAGAACUGAAGUUCAUAAUUGCAACUGAUCAAUACAAGGAACUCAUCUUCCACGCUGACACUUCACUGGAGCGUGUUUUGGAUUCUCUGCCCAUGAUUACGUAUUCAGGUUGUGCUAAGUGUGGUUUGGAACUACAGGCAGAUGAGAACAUGAUCUACAAGCAAUGUGUUAGAUGUUUGCCAUACAACAAAGUAAAAACAUUCUACAGACCUGCUUUGAUGACAGUAGAAGAUGAAGGAUAUGAAAUUUGUGUUCAUGUGGUGUCUGAGUUGAUGGAAAAAAUCUUCCUUAAUAUUCCUGCAGACUGGCUGAACAGAUUAAUAGUGCCCUCUUCAGAUAUCACCUACAGCACAGUAGUAGCAGAGCUGUGUCAUUUGCUGCUUGCAGAUACGGAAGCAUCCUAUUUGUUGGAAAUUAGGAGCCAUUUUGUGCUAGAUGAAAACAGCUACCCCUUGCAAAAGGAUUUCCAUCUGCUGAAUUUUCAUCUUGAUCUUUGA